AAUUUAAGAUUUUUUUUUACUAAAUAUGUACCUACUAGUAGGUUGUUUCCUAUAUUAUUUACAUUUGUUUAUUUUAAAUUAAAUCAUGGUUAGAUUAAAAUAUUUUGUUUGUGAAUCUCAAUUCCGUCUGAAUUAUAUAAUUCGUACAUGUCAAUUAUUAUGGAAGUUAAGUAUGUGUUAAAUUGUUAAACGUGAAAUUCCAAUCACAAAUUAUUGUAACAUAUGAUGUCUGGAAAUAGCGAGGAAAUAUUUCAUCGUACAGGUUCUUUUCGCCGCGUUAUAGCUCCGGGAAACGACACAACUAGCGUUAGUGGUAUUGCUGUGAAAUCGGCUAGUAAAAAUAACUCUUACUUAAAUCCAAACUAUGUACCAUUUUUCCUAGAAUAUACCCUCAUGUCUGAAUUUAAUAUAUUAAGCAAAAAAACAAUACCUGGAGUUUACGUUAUGCCUGCAGCUAAAACUCCAUUUAUUUGGUUUGGAGUGAUUUUUCCAAGAUGUGGGCUGUACAAAAAUGGAGUUUUUCGUUUUCGCAUACACAUAGAUAGUACUUGGCCAGAUUGUGAUUGUCCUAAAGUGAUCAUCGAAACACCAGUUUUCCAUCCACUCGUAGAUCCUACGUCUGGAGAAAUGAAUGUCAGACAACAUUUUCCAGAAUGGAAAAAAGGAGUUAGUCGUAUUUGGCACGUGGUCGACCACGUACAAAAAUCUUUUUAUGAUAUACCCCGUACCAAAAAUCCAGUUAAUUUAGAAGCUGCAGAUUUAUUAAAAUCAGAUAAUGAAAAUUUCAUGAAAAAGUGUCAAGAAUGUGUCGAGCGAAGUAGAACAGAUGUUUAUAAACAACCAGAUCAUCCAGAAAGUAACGAUCCACACUAUAUUUUGUUCGAACCGUACAUAGAAGAAAUGCAUGGACCAUCUAAACGAUCAUGGUUUCUACAAAAAGAAAAUGAAAACAAGAACCCACCAUUGUCUUGGGUUCAACCUGGAUCACUUGAACCGUUUUCGAGGCCGAAUGCAUGAAGUAACAAUUUUCUACACCCUGCGAUUAAUACAAAAAUGACUUGUUAGAAUCUUAAUGUAAUAUGUAAUCUCAUGUUAUUGUAUUUUAUAAAUAGAUUAUACUUUAUUAAGUAUAUAAAAGGUGUCUCCUAACAUAAAACUGAUAUUUGUGGUAUUAACUAAUGACUCCCAACUCCCAAGACCGAAACAAAUCAAAAUUCAAAUAUUUCUCCAUGGUUAGUAUGUUGUUUUGAUGAUUUUCAUGUUUGAUAAAUGUGCGAUAUGCCUUGUUUAAAUAAGUCUAUUGAAAUUAGUUGUUUUAUGUUGAGAGACACCUUGUAAAUUUUAAUAUACUUAAAAUCAGGGUUGGAUUAGAUUUUAAAAUUGACUCGACUAGCAACAAACGUAGCAGUCUACAAGCUACCACACAAAUGAUUUUAGUACAAAAUAGUUAUCCCUCCCAAAAACAAUUUUUCAAAAAUGUGCAAUAAUUAUUUAGUGCCUUAAUCGUUAAACUAAACCUUAGUGAAUCUCGAUUUGUUCUCUUUGUAUAAAUGUUUAAAAAAUGAAA